AUGUUCAGUUAUAAAUCUUCAUUAUUAUUUACAUCGAAUGAAAAAGCAACAAAUCAACAUAAUUGUUUAGCUGAUUAUUUAUCUCUUCAUACAAUACAAAAUGGUGAUGAAAUAUUUUAUGAGGAUUAUGGGAUAAGCAUGUUAUUUCAUGGAAAACCACCAAAGAGGGUGCAUCCUCCUGCGAAUUAUCCUUCAGUUAUUAGUGUUAUCGUUACGCAUUCAAAAAUAAAACAAAUAAAACAACAACAAAAUGAAAAUGACAAAAUUACACCACUCACUAUAAAUGAUAUACCAUCGUCGUCAAGGAAAGAAAAAAUUGAACAUUUAAAUAAAUCUCCAUCACACUUAAUUACACCUAACGGCAUAUUAUACAAGUUAGCCUUAUUUCGUAGUAAUUCCGCUACAAAAUCAAAAUUAACUUAUUUACCAUCAUCCAUGAUUAAUUUCUUCCUUCAAUUGUAUCAUAGUGAUUCACUUAGUGGUCAUUUUAGCGUUCAACGAACAUAUUUAAAAAUUAAAAAUAAAUUCUGGUGGCCAAAAAUGAAACCAUCAAUUAUUCAACAUAUUCAAUCCUGUUUACCCUGUCAACAGUAUAAUAUUAGUUGUACAAAGAAACCAGGUCGACUCAAUCCAAUUCCAACUCUAGAAGGAUCAUUUCAAUUAAUAGGUAUUGAUUAUUGUGGUCCGUUCAAACCAAUACCUGGUGGUAAUCAAUAUAUAUUAGGUAUUACUGACUAUUUAACAAGAUGGGUAAUAACAGUAGCUUUACCCGAUCGUUCAGUACAAACCACAGCUCAAACAUUAUUUAAUAAUAUAUAUUUACUACCACCUCGACUACCAUUAUUAAUAAUAUUAAUUGAAUUGCAACAUCUUCCACCUAAUAAUUCACCUACGUAUGUAAAAAUUAAAGAAGUUUUUAUAUUAAUAUUUAGAUUUGAAAAUAAAUUGUACUCAUGGGGUAAUAUGGAUAAGGAACUUGAUCCAACAAAAGAUUAUCAUUUAUUUAAUUGGCCAACAUUAGCAUCACUUACCCAAAUAAUUCAUCAAAUAAAAACAGUAAACAAAGUAUUAAUUCACCAAAAAUUAUUUAAUUUAAAUGAUGAUGAUUUACAAUUAAUAUCAGAUGAUAAUGAAAUUUAUCUUAGUCAACUUAUUGGACCAGUUAUGAAUAAACAGCCUAAAUAUAAAGAAAUUUCAAAUGAUAAUAAUGAGUUAAAUAAUACAUUACCGUCAAAUGAUAAUGAUGCAUUAUAUGAAGCCAUAUCAGAUAAUCAUAAUGAACAAAUUUAG